UCUAGGAGAGGCAGUACACAAGACAACAGCUUUUAGGGAGAGACAGCGGUAGACUUGAUACUGGGACAGUUCAGAGCCACAUGUAUAACACAGAGCCGUCUAAAGGGAGAGCGAGGAGGCUGAUCUUUUAUUAACCAUUUCAAAAACGCCAAACUGAAAGGAGAGUUUCAAUUUUGCAACAAAUUUCAUGGACUAGAGAGUUCUUCCUAUAGUUUUGCAUUACUAUUGGAGUAGCCCUGCCAAUAUGUUGUUCAAUGUCAAGGUGUUGUUUGUUGUUGUUGCAAUCUGUGCACUUUGGGCAGAGCUGACCACAGGGCAAGACGGUAAUCCAAGGAGACAGCGGCGACCUGGGGCCAGGCGACCAGGAGGUCCACGCGCAAGGCAGCGGCGACCAAAUGUUGCUGGAGGAAGACCUCGGGUCCAGGGGAAUGGACAAGCAGGUGGACAGGCGGCAGGUGCUAACAGAUCGCCUGGAGGCGGCAGACCAGCCAGACCUGGCAUAGGGCAGCCAGGCACAGACGCUGGGAGACAGGGUGCUGGACGAGCAAACGCAACAGGGACAAGUGGAUCUGGCGGACCGUUUUGUCAGAAAAUCAUGGUACCAAUGUGUAAAGGUCAAAUAGGUUACGAGUACACACGCCUGCCGAACCAAUUUGGACACCGCACACAGGGUGAAGUCAUGGAAACGCUGGAGCCUUUCUGGCCAUUCAUGGACAUGGACUGUUCACCCAACUUCCGACUGACUGCCUGCGCCACAUAUCUCCCCAAAUGCAUCGAACGGCGUCGCCUUGUGCUGCCACCGUGUCGACAGUCAUGCAUGAAAGCGAAACGGCAGUGUCGCAAUGCAUUCAGCCAGUACAAGAAGCGAUGGCCGUCCCAGUUCAACUGCGCUCGCUUCCCACGCUUGGCCAAAAACCGUCCAGGCGUGUGCGUGCCACCAUCGAAACGCGCACCAACGCAGCCACUUGACGAGACUACCUGUGUCGCCAACACAGUCCCACUGUGCUCUGGCUUCCCACAUUUCGAGGCGUUCAUCCCGAACAUGUUCUGGCAGUCUUCCUUAGACCUGAUCUCACGGGAACUCGGCCAGUACCAAGAGCUCGUAGACACAGGGUGCAACCCAAACCUGUCCUUCUUCCUCUGUGGGAUUUACCUCCCUUUCUGCCAGGAUGUUGCGACAGAGUUUGCUGUGCCCUGUCGCGAAGUCUGCGAGCAAGUGCGUGCAGACUGCGAGGAUGACCUACAGAGGACUUAUGGGAUUAACUGGCCAGGAAAGCUUCAGUGUCACCGUUAUCCAACCGCCAGUAACGACGUGCAACAGUGUGUUCACCCGAAUGCUACAGAGAUCGAGCGGACCCCAGACCCGGAAGAUGAGGACUACCUAGACGAGGAGUAAGUUACCAUAACAACUGUAUUACCAUGGCAACAGUAACUUUGGACAGAUCACCAUGACAACUGGAGACAUUUCAAACUAGAGUAUGUAACUGUGUUCAGGACAGUUUCUGUACUUUCUCGUUUAAGAGGAAAAAAACUAUAACAUCUCAAUGGCUGACUGAGUCCUCUACUUUUCCCCCAAACUAUACAGAACUUCUACCACUGUCUGUAUCUGAGUAUAAGAGUUUGCUAACUGAAAGAUGUUGAGUAGCAUUCAAAGCCCAGCAAAACUAAAAUGGUGCAGACAUUUUUUCAGACUUUACUGGAUAUUUCUGAAAUAAAUGAUGUUUGGUUAUGUGUAGGGCCAUGAUGGGAACAAAAAUCUGAAGAACUUCUGGUACAGAAGUAGAUGUUGGGUUCACAUGAAGGCUAAUGAACGGAGGAGGUGAUCAAGGGGUUUUUCACUUGAAAUGUUCAAUAUACUUGUGUGUGUGUAAACGCAUGUGCAGUCAGAACAACAAGGAAUAAUGUGUAAAAUUUCAUGUGCAUGGAAAAAUGGUCAGUAUUACAUGGUAUAAUGAUGAAUGGUAAACGAAAUAAUGGUUAGUAUUACACGGGAUACUGUGUACUAUUAUGUGGCAUAAUGGUCAGUAUUACACGGAUUAAUGAGUAAUAUUACAUGGGAUAAUGGUCAGUAUUACAUGGAAUAAUGAGUAAUAUUACAUGGAAUAAUGAUCAGUAUUACAUGGAAUAAUGGUCAGUAUUACGUGGAAUAAUGAGUAAUAUCACAUGGAAUAAUGGUCAGUAUUACAUGGAAUAAUGGGUAAUAUCACAUGGAAUAAUGGUCAGUAUUACAUGGAAUAAUGAGUAAUAUCACAUGGAAUAAUGGUCAGUAUUACAUGGAAUAAUAUCACAUGCAUGAAGAUACCAAUGUACAUACAGUGUGAGUAUGAACGAAUAGAUUGCAAGAGGUAAUUGUACAGGACUUAUUACUAAUCUAACAAUGUAGAUCUUUCUCAAUCCUGUCAACAAAACUAAGAGCCAGUGCUGUUAAUUAAGUACACGAACCCAGAAAGCAUGCAAAGAGGUAAGGUUACAUUCGCAAACUGCUUUCUCUUGCUAUUUAUGUAGUAAACUUUUUUUUAUUCAACUUAAGAAAUAUUUGGUACAAACUUUUGCAUUGUACCAAGCCAUAUUACCUUGUACUAUUUGCUAAACAUAUAAAGAAUUCAACCCAGCAUUUGUUUCAACUAUUGCCACCAGAACUGAAGUGAAACUAGCAUACUGACUUGAUAAUUUCCAGAAGGAUGACAGUGAAUCAACUAGGCCCGUGAAGCUUUAGUUUGUUUAUCAAAAACUGUAUUACCUGAAUACGGAAUAAAAGUGUCAAAAUAAUGAUUUACUUCUGUAUAAUGCUUCUAGUUAUGAUGGUGCAAAACAUUAAAAGUUGAAACUGUAACAAACUUUCCUUAA